GCUUGCUCCGCCGCUCCGACAUGGCCAGCACCUUCGCCCGCGCUCUCUCCGCUCGCCGCUCCGCCGGCCUCCUGGCCAUGGUGGGCGCCGGCUCUCUCGCCGCCGGCUUCCUACUCGCCCGGGACUCGGUCAGCGCGGGCGACCGUCAGCGUCGGCGAUACCCGCCCAGCGCUGAGUACCCCGACCUGCGGAAGCACAACAACUGCAUGGCCAGCAACCUGACGCCAGCCAUCUACGCCAGGCUCUGUGACAAGGCAACCCCAAAUGGCUGGACCUUGGACCAGUGCAUCCAGACUGGCGUCGACAACCCUGGCCAUCCCUUCAUCAAGACUGUGGGCAUUGUAGCUGGUGAUGAGGAGACUUAUGAGGUGUUUGCCGACCUGUUUGACCCUGUGAUUCAGGAGCGGCACAAUGGAUACAACCCCCGCACCAUGAAGCACGUCACAGACCUGGAUUGCACAAAGAUAAAGUUUGGCCAGUUUGAUGAGCGCUAUGUGCUCUCGUCCCGGGUCCGGACCGGGCGCAGCAUCCGUGGCCUGAGCCUGCCGCCAGCCUGCACCCGUGCCGAGAGACGAGAGGUGGAGAAGGUGGCCGUGGAUGCCCUGAGCGGCCUCACUGGGGACCUGGCGGGCCGCUACUACCGCCUCAGCGAGAUGACCGAGGCCGAGCAGCAGCAGCUCAUUGACGACCACUUCCUCUUUGACAAGCCGGUGUCCCCGCUCCUGACAGCAGCAGGAAUGGCUCGGGACUGGCCUGACGCCCGAGGGAUCUGGCACAACCACCAGAAGACCUUCUUGAUCUGGAUCAAUGAGGAGGACCACACACGUGUCAUCUCCAUGGAGAAGGGGGGCAACAUGAAGCGCGUUUUUGAGCGGUUCUGCCGGGGCCUAAAGGAGGUGGAGCGGCUAAUCCAGGAGCGAGGCUGGGAGUUCAUGUGGAAUGAGCGGCUGGGUUACAUCCUGACCUGCCCCUCUAACCUGGGCACAGGGCUGCGAGCAGGUGUCCACAUCAAGUUGCCACUGCUCAGCAAGGACAGCCGCUUCCCUAAGAUCCUAGAGAACCUCCGGCUACAGAAGCGUGGGACGGGUGGUGUGGACACUGCAGCCAAAGGCGGCGUCUUUGACAUCUCCAACCUGGACCGUCUGGGGAAGUCAGAGGUGGAACUGGUGCAGCUGGUGAUCGAUGGUGUGAACUACCUGAUUGACUGUGAGCGGCGGCUGGAGAAGGGGCAGGACAUCCGCAUCCCCUCGCCACUGCCGCAGUUCCGGCAGUGAGCGGGACCACGGCAGCGCUCUGGGACCCAGGGCCCCCUCAGCUUGUGCGAUCUCUGUGCCCAGCAUGUCGCUGCAUCCUGUAACCCACAAUGUGUCAGGUCAGACCCCAUAAACAUGCGCUGCUGUA